AUGCCUAAGAAUAAGGGAAAGGGAGGUAAGAAUCGUCGUCGUGGAAAGAACGAGAACGACAACGAAAAGCGCGAGUUGACCUUCAAGGAAGAAGGACAAGAAUAUGCCCAGGUAGUCAAGAUGCUCGGCAACGGUCGCCUCGAGGCACAGUGCUUCGACGGCGCAAAACGUCUAGCCCACAUCCGUGGCAAGCUGCGCAAGAAGGUGUGGAUCAACAACGGCGACAUUAUUCUACUCAGUCUUCGAGAUUAUCAAGACGAAAAGGGUGAUGUCAUCCUGAAGUACUCAGCCGACGAGGCUCGCUCCCUCAAGGCUUACGGCGAGCUGCCCGAAAGCGCCAAGAUCAACGAGACCGACACAUACGGCCCUGGCGACGAGGGAGAAUGUGGCUUCGAAUUCGACGAAGACCGCGACUCCGAGUCUGACGAGGCUGGUGGUGCCGGUGGCAAGGAAGUCGACAUCGACGACAUUUGA